AUGGCUGGCAAAAAAUGGUUCUAUAACUUUAUGGAACGCAACCCCCGUCUGUCUUUACGUAAACCGGAAAAUACAUCGAUAGCUCGUGCAAAAGGAUUUAAUAGAGAAAAUGUCAAACAUUUCUUUGACAUUUUUGAAAAGGUUAUGGAUGACGAGAAGUUUGAGCCAGAUUCAAUUUUUAAUGUCGAUGAAUCUGGUUUCUCAACAGUUCAGAAGCGUCCGCAGAAGAUAGUUGGCUUGAAGGGGAAGCAGCAAGUUGGCACAAUAACCAGUGGUGAACGUGGUGUAAACACAACAAUGGUUGUGUGUGUUAACGCCGCAGGAGUCUACGUGCCUCCGAUGAUCAUUUUCAAGCGCAAAAGGUGGAAUGACGAUUUGAAGGUUGGAGCCCCUUCUGGUAGUUUGGUAACUAUUUCAGAUACUGGUUACAUAAACUCAGAAUUGUUUUUGGAGUGGCUACGACAUUUUACAAGUCACAUAAAUGUCAGUAAAAAUAAAAAAGUACUUCUUUUACUUGACGGCCACACCACCCACAGUAAAAAUCUUGAAGCUGUUGAAUUUGCCCGUGAACAUGGUAUCAUUUUGCUUCAACUACCAGGGCACACUACACAUCGCCUACAACCGUUAGAUGUAGCGAUAUUUAGACCAAUGCAGACAUAUUUUAUCCAAGGUCAGGAAUCUUUUCUUCGUCAGUAUAAGGGUGAAAAAAUCCAACAGACCCAAAUUCCACAAUUAUUGAAAGAGGCAUAUGGUCGGGCUGCUACAGUAGGAAAUGCGGUGAGUGCAUUUCAACACUCUGGGAUAUGGCCUGUGAAUAGGCAUGUAUUUAAGGAUUCAGAUUUUGCACCUGCUGAUGCCUUGGUAAACCCAUGA